GGGACACACACCUGCCUUUUUGUAAAUUCGUUUCUACUGCUCUGGACUGUUAAACUGUGACUGAUUUAAUCCUCCCAACACAGAUCUGGGAAUGAGGCAGGCUGGGCUGAUCUGGAUGCAGGAGCAGCUUCAGUAGAGAGGGGAGCUGCACGUGUUAAAGAAGACACCGAGGGGUCUGCCUGUGUCAAAGAGGAGGCUCCUGAUCUCCAAUCUGUUGAAGUAGCGCCACUCCACCUGAUGGAGGAAGCCUUAGAACUGAACAGCGCGACCGCAGCUCAAGAGAGGCAUGCCCCUGCCCACAGCAGAGGGGCAAAGCUUUCUGAGGGUGGCAUGCAAGUCCCGCAUCCUUGCCCCGACUGCGGGAAGCGCUUCGUCGAGCUCGGCCCGCUGAAGAGACACCAGCGGGCUCACGCUCGGAAGACCCCCUACCCGUGCGGGGAGUGCGGGAAGCGGUUCAGCCAGAAGGGGGCGCUCCGGGACCACCUGAGGAUCCACACGGGCGAGAAGCCGUUCCGCUGCCCGGAGUGCGGGAGGAGCUUUACUCGCGUGGACGGGCUGCAGAUCCACCUGAGGAUCCACACCGGAGAGAAGCCGUACCGCUGCGGGGCGUGCGGGAAGAGGUUCAGGCACUCGGCGGGGCUCAAGCAGCACAGCCAGGCUCACGCGCGCGGCAGUCAGAGAGAAGCGCGCAGAGCUCAGCAGCAGCGGAAAUAAGAGGAGAGGGGGGGGGGCUGUCAGUUGUGUCUUUUUUUCUCGGCUCCUGUCGGUCUCACUCGGCCAUUGAAAGGU